AUGUGCUCCUACUGCUUGCAGAUCAUGCCACAUCACCAGGACAUUAUUUCUGGAGUCAGCAUCAAAUUCGUUUGCAUUUCUUGUCAUGUCCUAGCUCAAUAUCAUGGCCGCUGCCCCCAAAAUCCUUACUUUGGAUUUUACUGUGAUGGGAAGCCCAUUUUCGACACAUUCCUUCAGAUCCAUGGGGCACUUGAGUUGUCUCACCAAGCACAGGUUUUGGCCGAAACUGUGCUGUUUAUACAUCUCAACCUCAUCAACAACAACGCAACGGGUGGACCUUUCAAACUCGCGCACAAUUUUCUCAUGCCAUACUUUCCUAAUGGUGGAAUCGUUUUUUUGCUACAAGGGCAAGAAGAAAUAUAUAUUGUUACUCAAGUCAAUACUUCUGAAACAAAGUUUCUGGACAUUGUGCUUGGUCCUUUCAAGGAUCUCAUCAACCUUGCUGUUGAAUCAUACCUAUGGCUGUUCUGUUGUGGCACUAUUGUCAACAACUCUGAAAGCUUUGCAAACUUGAAGACCUCAGUACUCCAACAUCAACUUUAUGCUACUGUAGCCUUCAAUGCAGUACAUUUCCAGCCAAGCUUUACCACACAUAUUCUUCUCGCAUUCAUCGAGCGUGUCAUCAUCAAGCGAUUCUCUAUCAGCCACGCAUUCCCUCAUGCUGGGUCACUCUCACAAUUUAGUUCGCAUGGACCCAUGCUCUGUUUCGCUUGGGGGCAGUACCUUCCUGUUCAAUGCCCAAAGUACUGGACCAGUAGCUUCAGAGGUAUCAUUGCAAUCAAAAAAUACUAUGGAUGCAAAAUUGAUGAAGAAGAAUCUGAUGAGGAAGGAGCUGCAAAGGCAAGGGAGAUUAGUGCCCGUCCAAAGGAAGCUUCUUUCUAUAAGAAAAAGCUAACUGACUGGGAUGUGGCUCAGAGAUUGUUUAAACAAGAAAUCAAUGAAUUUGACAAGGCAGAGCAGGCGAGAAAAGGUGUGAAGGAUCCCAUUAAGUUUCGUACUUGUCAUGCACGAGAAUGGUUCAACCAAAUGUCAUUAACACAGAAGAAAGAAGUUGAUUAUACACAAGAGAAGUGGAACACAGAGGGGGCACCAGAAGAAAGCCAGGUCAUGUGA